UUCUUAUCUAGUAGUCAAUGUCUGGGAUGCUUUACCUUAACAAAUCGUAUCAGCCCUAUAAAUGAACAUUUCAAGGAGGAGCUGAACCUUCAAUGAAAAAAAACUGUAAAUAUUAACACAGGUCCACCAAUCUACUUACCUUAUUAAUGAAGACUACAGGUUUUGGGUAUUGGAUAUAGGUUAAAUUUAAGAGGCGCAAAGGUUAAUAGUGACGCUGUUCUUCGAAAACGUGGGAUUAGGUCAUCUAUUGUUUCCUUAGAAAUGGCUCGUGAAGUAUGUGUUUUCAUGCCUUAUAUGUAUUGUAUUAUUUUGAAACUCGUCAUGGAAGAUGAGCAUUUCGUUAUGAAUGAAUAAAUGAUGUUGAUAUCCUUACACAGGAUUGUUUCCUUAGUAUAGCAUAGAAUUCACAGAAUAUAGUACCUCUACAAGUUCCUCUCAACCUUCUCAUACGUAUCGAGAGAUAUGUAAAUGCACAAGAAAACUAAUAAAUAAAACUAGACGAGCUGUGUUGGAGUAUUGUUUCAACAGCUCUCGUGGAAGGUAGACAUGAACUUGUGAUUUCUGGAAAGGAGAUUUCAGAAACGAUCGAAACAUUGGGGCUUGACCAAAGGAUUUAUGAUCUAAAAAAGCUCAAUUUUCUGGAAAUUUCACAUACUUGUUUAGAAUUUCUGUCCGAAGAUAUAUCGAAGCUUUCAAAUCUUGCGCAACUAUGCCUGACAUCAAAUAUGCUAAAAGCUGUUCCAACUAAUCUCGGAUCUCUCCAUUGUUUACGAUCUUUAGACCUAUCCUUUAAUAACAUUUCAAUGAUUCCUGACAUUUUCGACCAUUUGUCUAAUCUAUCUAGUCUUAUUUUAUCCGGUAAUAAAAUACAAAAUAUACCAUCUGUUCAAGGGUUAAAGUCACUACAUGAAUUCUCAGCUUCUAAGAAUCAAUUAACUUUACUUCCUGAAGGAAUCCAGUUGCUAACUAAUCUGGCAGUCUUGGAUGUUUCAUAUAAUAACAUUUCUAAUUUACCGAAUGAUUUAUUUAACUUAUCAAAUCUCAAGAGUGCAAAUUUUUCAGAAAACUCUUUAACUGAUUUUCCAGCCAACAUUCAUCGUUGUCGCAAACUAAAUGUUUUAAAGAUUCAUGGAAACCCUUUUAAAGAUAAUCGGUUGAAAAGGCUUUCUGUCGAUGAACAUUCACCAACUGCGCUUUUAGCUUAUCUUCGUCGUUUGGACGAAACAGGAAGCAAAAAAGGAAAGAAAGUUAAUGACAAAAAUUCACCAUCGAAAACUUCAACCGAAAAUGAAGAAAUGAAUAAUUCCAUCGCUCGACCACCGGAAGUUACGGGAAUUUCAACGCCGCAUAUUGUCAUUCAGCGCCCAAAUGAAAAUGAAGAAUAUCAAAUUAAUCAGACUCGCUCAGUAAAAACUGGCCCACGUCCUUACAUAGUUGCCUGUACGGUUCAUGGUGUAGAAUUUCCUUCUGAAACAAAACUGAGAGCUUUUCUACGAGCUCAAGAAAACUGGCAUCGUGAUAUUGGCCAAAUGCGUCAUCAUGCAACUUUAGCUACUCAUGAUUUACAACUAAUCCGUUUUCCACUUGCUUACACUUUAAAAGAAGCAAAGUCAUUUCUAAUUCAUCCGUUAAAUAGAUCUAUUAAUAGUACUGGUGAAGCAUUUUUGAGACAAUUAGUUCAAGAAGCACAGUUGGAUAGAAAAUCUCGUAAACAAACAAGAUUUAGUCAAGUUUAUCGUUAUUUGAAUGUAUUGGAUAUCGAAAGUGCAAUGGUUUCAAAUGUAUUCAGUGAUGUAAUGGUUCCUAUUGUUGUGGAUAGUACACCAGUGGUCAUCUCAGUUCCUCCACUUACCAAUAGUCAUCACACACGGUUAACUGUAAACACACAUAAUAUACUGAUUGAAGUUUCCGGAAUCAAUUUACCUUUAUGCAAACAAUUUGCUGAAGUAGUCAUCGCUUGGCUAUUAGAAAAUGCUUGCCCACAAACAAGGGAGAAUAAACCCAGUGACAAACCAAACACCGAGGAAGUUAAUACAGCAGAACAAUCACAGCUUGUUGACGAAGUGGAUAGAAAGUUAACACUAAAGUCGGUUGUCGUUCCACCUAACUCUCUUGUGGUACGUCCAAUUCGUGUUGUCGAUGUUGAUUUCGAUUACAAUCUAUGUGUCAUGUUUCCAUCACGAUCAGAUUUAACUGAUGCAAAGUUUAAUACCAUUCGUUAGAUAUAUUAUUCUUAUUACUCAUAUGUUAUCAGAAACGAAUUUAUGUCUAUAUAGAUACUUAACAGAGUGAAAUAAUUAUUUUUAACUUUUAUUCAUGAAUGCUAAUAAGUUUUCUGUUGUGAUACGUUUCUUUUAUUACCAUUAACCGUCGUCAUCGUCAUUGUUACUGGAUCAUGUUUCUCAUUUAAAAGCAAUAAACAUGUUUUAAUGUAUGUCCGUUCGCUAUUUUGUAAAUUUGAUUCUUUAUUCUAUUCAUAACGUCUUUAUCAUGGUUAAGGAGACAUUAUAACUACUGUUCUUCGUGUGGAAUUAGAGAAUCGAAAAAAGUAAAAUAAAAGAAUUUUUGGUUUAUCACUUAUCUGACUGUUUUUUUCUUCUGACAAAAAUUUCAGAGUAUUCAUCUAUUAAUUUAACAAUAUUUGGUGACUGAAAGAAAAUCAUCAGUAUAACAGUGUAAUCAUGCAUGUAGUUUUAUGUAUGGGGUUCUGAGCUUCACAUGUUGUAAGAAGUUUAACAAUGAUAUUUAUAACCAUUGAUUGGCUGUAUAGGAUUACUGAAUAAAGUGAAAUUCGCCUCAUUUAUUAUUUUAUUUAUUUAAACACAUAUAUAUUGGUACAAAGGGGCACCAGGUACAUAUGCGCCACAC